GUAUUUUCGUUUCAGAUUCGGCCCCUGAUUCCCUCCCAAAUUGGAAGAAGCAGUGGUUUUAUCUGUAUAUGGAGGGGGCCGACUGGGCCGAUUACUUUUUUUCAGACUUUAGUCGGGCCGAGGAUGGGCCGAUGAGGUCCCUCAAGUUAGGGGUUGAAGAAGAGGCGGCCAUUAAGGUUUUAACGGCCGACAAUCUUCAUCAUUGUUCGCUGUUAAUCUCCGAGGCAUCGCUUCAGUUACACGGGCUUAGCGAUUUGGGCCCUGAGGCCCAAGUUGCUUUGGGGAGCAUUUUCAAGAAGCGGGAAACCGCCGCGGAGAAGGCCGUGCCAACCGAGGUUUCGCGCACUAAGCGGCCCAGGAAGGAAGGGGGAACUGGGCCCGUGGAACGGGUUCCAGCUUUCUUAUCCCCACGGCCCACUGCCGUUGAAGAGGACCAAGGGCCCUACGUGGUCCAGUGGGGCCUGUUGAACAAAGACACCAUCGUGGGCGAUUCCCGGGCCGCCGCGGAGUGGUCCAAGAAUGUGGUCACCCCUCGGGACCGGGCUCAUGUGGUCGAAUCCUCCGAAGACCUUCAGAUUGAGCUCCUGGGGGCCCAAGCCGUGGCUACGGUCAACACCUACCUCCAGGCCGCCGUCCACAAUUUGAAGGCGGUUAGGGCUGAGAAGGCGAUCGCGGAGCGCGAUCGCGAUCGUUACCUCGAAGCUUCGACUGCCAAUUUUGAGCAGUUCCGGAAAGUGGAGGCGGAGCUCGUGGCCGAGCAAGAGAAGGUCCGCACCCUGGAGGCGGAGUUGGCCAGGGUGAAAAGGGAGGCGAUUGCUGACUACAAGGCGUCGCCUGAAUUUGAGGAGCUGUUGGCGGCGGAGUACGAUGCCUCCUUUCCUGAGACUUUCAAGUCUUGUUGGGAGAGGAUCAUAGACGAACUCGGUUCUCAGAUCGAGGGAGUCACCUUGGAGCGAUUCCCCGUUCCAAAGCUUCCCGGGGAGGAAUCUCCUUCCCCGAUGGCAGUCGAGGACCUCGAGGAGUCGCAUCCUUUGGACUCUCAAGAUUUAGAGAUUCCAACCGAGAAUCUCAUGAUCCAGGGUUCCAACCAGGAUGAGGGGGAUCUUGGGAAAGGAGGGGAGGCCCAGGACGGAGCCCAAGAUGAAGCCCGGGAGCGAGCGGCCCAGGACCCCGAGACUCAGGAUAAGGCCCAGGAGGAUAUCUUCGACGAUGGGCUCCCUUAGGCUAGGCUGUAUUUCUGCCCUGCGUGGCGUUCUUACGUAAUUUAUUAUUCGGAUAUUUAUACCCUUCGGGG